UCCUUCAUACAUUUCCCAUUUCUUCUACUGCAAAACCCUAAUCACAUUCCCAACGCAAAUCAUCUUCUCUCCCACCACAAAACAAUGCCUCCAAAGCUCGAUCCAUCCCAGGUCGUCGAAGUCUACGUCCGUGUAACCGGAGGAGAAGUCGGCGCCGCCAGUUCCCUCGCCCCCAAGAUCGGUCCUCUCGGUCUCUCCCCAAAGAAGAUUGGAGAAGAUAUUGCCAAGGAAACCGCCAAGGACUGGAAGGGCCUCCGCGUGACAGUGAAACUAACCGUCCAGAAUCGUCAAGCGAAGGUUGCGGUGGUUCCAUCUGCAGCGGCGCUGGUCAUCAAGGCGUUGAAAGAGCCGGAGAGAGACAGGAAGAAAACUAAAAAUAUAAAGCAUAAUGGUAAUAUUUCUCUUGAUGAUGUGAUUGAGAUCGCGAAGAUUAUGAAGCCGAGAUCUAUGGCCAAGGAGCUUGCGGGGACGGUGAAGGAGAUUCUGGGUACUUGUGUUUCAGUGGGGUGUACUGUGGAUGGUAAGGAUCCGAAGGAUUUGCAACAGGAGAUUAAUGAUGGAGAUGUUGAGAUUCCUCUUGAAUGAGAUUUGAUCUUAUUUUAAUUCGGUAGUUUAUGUUUUGGUUUAUUUUGUUGAAUGAAGUUUUAUUUGAAAUUUAUAAAAUGGAAUUGAAUUGUUCUGCAAUUUUGAUAUUGGAAUUGAAUUGGUCUGCAAUUUUGUUAUUA